GCAGGCCCUAGUGGUCAAUGGCUCUGGUCUUGGGCCAGCCCCUGGUGCCCAUCUGUCCCCCCACUUUACCAGGAGGACUGUGUGCACUGUCACUUUGCUGCAGCUCAUUUGUUUCCAAUAAAAGUUUCUGUGACUUAUGGAUCAGGAUGUGGUGGGGGCGGGGCCUGCAUCUGGGCGGGGCCUUGGCUUUUGGUAUCCUAGCAACCACUAGGCCCCAGGAGCUGUUGGACACAACGGUGAAAAUGGAGGCAGGAGCAUUAGAUGCAAGCAGCUACCUUUCAGCAGAGGGCGUUAACCUGAUUCCAGAUUUGGAUCUGUAUGAUGUGGAUAGCUGUGACACCCCAGACCCGGGAUUUCUGUUGGAAAAGAAUGAGUUGUACUUCCGGGAACCAUCACAGGUCCAGGAGCUCUUUAGCAGCAGCCAGCAAUGGCAGGACAUGCCCUUGCAAAGCCGUGCCCGCCAGCUGUGGUUGCUCCUGCGCACAGGCCUCCACAACCUCGUGGAAAAGGUGAAGAGUGCCGAAUUGCGCGUGGCUCGUCUAAGGCAUGGGCUGGAGCCACUGCGCCGCCUGGAGGUGGCAACUGGGCUGCAUUCGGUGGCACAGGACCCAGAGGGCGGGCACUUUGUGGUGCUGGAUGGCUCAGGACACCUACACCUGCACAGAAAGGACGGCUGGGCGCAACAGAAGCUGCAGGCCCCUGUGGCACUUACUGGACUGGUGGCUGUGCUGGGACCUCUAGGAGCUGUGGGCCGCUUUGUAGGCUGGGGCCCUGCUGGGCUGGCCAUAUUGGGGCCAAGCCUCCGCUUGCUGUGGCUGAGCCAGCCAGGGGUGGGCAGGGCCCUGGGCCGUGAGCCCACUUGCUGCCUGCCAGUGCCCAACCUGGGUCUGCUGCUUGUAGCUGAGGUGGGUGGUGGCCUGGCACUCUGGAAGUUCCGUUCAGGUGGCCGCCACCUGGUGCAGUGUGGGUCAGUUGUGCAGCCGCCACCAGGACUGGCAGGCACGCUGAAGAGGCUGGCUCUGGGGCCAGUGCCCAGUCACCUCCACCAACAUUGCUUCGCAGUCUACGGCUCAGCGGUGCUCACUUUGGAUCUGCAUUCCUGGGCUCUCGUCCAUGUGUGCCAGGAUCUGCACAAGACUACCAUCUCAGAUCUGGCAUACUGCGAGGAGGUGGAGGCAGUGGUGACAGCUUCCCAGGACAGUACAGUGAAGGUGUGGGAGGUGGACUGGCAGAUCCGCAUGGUGUUCGUGGGCCACACAGGCCCAGUUACAGCUAUGGCUGUGCUCCCGAAAACCACCCUGGUGGUGUCGGCCUCACAGGAUGGGACGCUGCGCACAUGGGACCUGCAGACAGAGGCACAGGUGGGCGAGGUGUCGCUGUGUGAUGGUAGCCAGGAUGUGCUGUCCUGGCGCGUGAACCGCUUGCUGGCACCCGCAGGCGCCGGCUGGCCAGUACUAUCACUGUGUGCCAGGAGCGUGGAGCUGUGGCAAGUGCGUGAACUCUACUCACAGCUGGCUCAGCUGCCUGCGCAGGUGCUGCACCUAGAGGUGGUGCCUGUGCUGCCUGCACCUGUAGACCCCGUGCUGCCUGUGCGCCUUGUUUGCGCAUGUGCAGAUGGUUCGGUCCAUAUGGUGUCAGCAGUGUCAGGACGCAAGGUGAACACCCUGCAGCUUGAGCCUGAAGAUUGCGCUGCUGCAGUGGCCUACUGCCUGCCGCGUGAGGCGCUGUGGCUGCUGACCCGGGCUGGACACCUGCUGCGAGUGAAUGCAGCACACUGUCCCAUGAGCGUGGUACACCGCAUAUGCCCACCUUUGCCCUCUUCACCACAACCCUGCUGCCUGCACCUCUACAGCCACCUCACUGACCCUGGCACUGCACUUGCCUGCUGGGAGAUUGUGUGCCACAAUGAGGGUGACCCACGCCGCUGUGCCAAGGCCUGGGCCUGGAAGAACAAGAACCGGUACCUGCCUGUGCUGGGACACACAGAUGGUGCGUUGUCGGUGCUGGACUGGCUUUCUUCAAAGACCAUCUUUCAGAUGAAGGCGCACAGUCCAGGUCCAGUUACUGCAAUUGCAUCCACUUGUAACAGCAUCGUCUCAUCGGGUGGAGACAGUACUGUGAAGAUGUGGCGUAUCUUUCCCUAUGCUGAAGAGAGCCUGAGCCUGCUGCACACCUUCUCGUGCUGUCACCCAGUUGUGCAGCUUUGUGCAUUGGGCAAUCGCAUCACUGUAGGCUUUGAGGACCCAGACAGUGCCACAUAUGGCCUGGUACAGUUUGGCCUGGGUGAGGGCCGGCGCUGUGACCACCGGCCCCAGGAUGACCCGAUGGACCACAUCACUGGCCUGUGUUGCUGCCCCACGCUCAAGCUCUAUGCCUGCGCCAGCCUGGACUGCACUGUCCGCAUCUGGACUGCGGAGAACCGCCUGCUGCGGCUCUUGCAGCUGGAUGGUGCCCCCCAGGCCCUGGCUUUCUGCAGCAACAAUGGAGACCUGGUCCUGGCACUGGGUUCUCGCCUCUGCCUGGUAUCCCAUAGCCUCUACCUUCCCACCUUCUACCUGGUUCAGAAGCUGUACCAGAAGGGCCCUGACGUGCUAGAUGAUCCUCUGCUGCCGUUGACCAACCUGGAGGCACUGACCCCCAUGCAGCUACAGAGGCACACCAACUUGCAGGGUGUGGCUGGCCUCAGUGUAGAUUUGCCCUUCAUCUAUCAUCACCAGAUGGUAACACCUCAGCAGCCAGUGGUGAAGGAGGACAUGGAGGCCCUACAGACCAGAGACCGAGACCUUCAGCAGUUGAAGCUAGGGCUAGUAGUCCCAGAGGCUCAGCCCCCACCCUCCUGGAAACAGCAUCAGGAAGCCUUUGAAAAUUACCUAUAUCUGAUCUAUGGCCCUGGUCUGCUGGGUAUUCAGUCUGGAGAGGAUUCAGAACAGUUGAGCACCUUGGCCUCCACCACACAGAAAGAGUCCCAGGACAAGUAUGCCUUACCCAGUACUGCCUCCUGCUUUGGUCAGGCUACAGUCAGCAUUGAAGCCCAGACAGCACCCAUAGCCCCAUCUCCCCAGGCCCUAAGAGCCCCAGGCUGGAGCUUGGCCCACCCUCACCGAGUCACCUUACCUGUUCUACCCACCCACCGGAGGGUGCACAGCAAGGCAUCCCAGCUUCUAGCUUGCUCCUCCCUGAGCCAAGACCUGGGCCUCAGUCUGGAUUUACUGCUGCACUCGGAGCAGGUUCAAGGGGAGAUGACCACAGCGCUGGGCCAACUGUCUUCCCUGAUGCAGCACAGGGUCCCACUAUUGCUGCAGAGACAGCCCAAGGAGCCUCUCUCAAACCUCAAGGGGUUCUUUCCUGCCACUAUACAGCCCUACAAGUACUGCCCAGGGCCCAUCAGCUUCCCAGGCUUUGUGCCCAACUCUGCGGUGCUGCAGCAGAUGUGGCUGCCCAUGGAGAUCAGCUGCCUUGGAUCCCUGGCCAAGCUUGCCUUCCAGAAUAGACUCAAGCAAGGUCUAAACAUGGAUAGCCUAUGGCUGUCACAUCACAGGUGGUCUACAGGCAAGUGGCGGAAGAGACUCAUCCCUUGGCUUUACAGGGAUUCUAGUGAGGAGGAAGAGGAGGAAGAGGAGGAGGACAAAGAGUUGCUGGAGGUGGACUGGGCCUCGGCUUCCUUAAGCCCAGAGAAGCUGCACUCACAGCAGCAGCUAGAUUCCUGGGAGCCAAAGGCUUUGAACUCCACAGACUUGACCACAGUGUGCUGGAGUUCCCAUGAGGCCCCAGGGAGCAGGACCAACCUUGGCCCAAAGUACUACUAUGAGCAAUUCCUCUGGGAAGAGAGAUACAGGAAUCUUCCCAGGUUCCUGCAUUUUUUUGUUGUCCAGAACUGGUUCAAAAAGCUGUUCCCCAUCUUCAGCCUGGAGGCCUACCCGGAGAUGGGCACUGUGGAGGGCCUGGCCUCAAUGUUUGUGGACCUGCUAGCAGAGGCCACCUGGGCAGACUGUGUGCAUAUCCUGCAAGCACUGCUGAGGCUGAUGCCCAAGGUGAGCCAAGAACUCCAGGGACGGCUGAAGAGCAAUCUCCUGAAGUUGCUCAACCUGGAUCAGCCUCCUACCCUUGAGGACCCUACACAGAAGCAGUUUGUGAUGCUGGCAUUGCAGUUGCUCCUGGCCUGCUCCCUAGAGUCCCGUGAUGUGGUGGUGGAGCUCAUGUCUUACUUCCUCUACUCUCCAGCUGCCUACCAGCCAGAGCUCAAGAAGCUGCUGGAUGGGCUGGGCCUCCAGGAUCCACAGGGUUUCCUGUUCAAGGAGAUGAUGACCUGGGUCCAGGGUUCUGACCUUAGCUCGAAGGCCAUGCUGCGUACACGCUGCUCCCAGAAACUGGAGGACAUGAUCCAGCAGCUGAAGAGGGAAAACACACAGCCAAGUACAGCAAAGUUGCCUGUGGUGCUGCCCAAGGUCUCUGAGACCUCAAUGCCUUCCUCUCCUCUCAAGGAGACCCUUUCACAAGCUUCGAUGGUCUCGGGGACACCCACAAGCAUCCUGCAGCCACCUUUGCUGGUGGUGUCUCUAGCAACUAGCCCAGAGCUCCAGGCUGAGCCAAGGCCCAUGCAGGUACCCACCAGGCGGACCAGACACUUUCUCUCGGAAACACUACAGAGAUUUUUCUUGGUGCCCCAGGCCGGAGUAGAUUCCCUUUUGCCGCCUGCACAGCAUAAUGAGCUGCUGCCACUAGAAAAAACUGACUGGUCACAUUCAAAGAUGCUGGACCUGUGCACCAUUGAUGCACUGAAUUUCUUCUGUGAGAAGCAGCGUAUGCGGCAGCUGAGCUCGCUACAGGAGGCCGAGUGCAUGCCUGCAGCUGUGUGCCUCAGGGAGCCCAACACUGUGGUUCCGCAGCCUCGGGAUCGCAGGCACCACCCCAUCCUCCGGCUGCAGGAGGCCGAGCCCCAGAGCUCCCGGAUGAGACCAAGAGGCCGUGCACUGUCCCGACACUACACCCGUGAGCUGAAUGGCGCCAUCCGCGCGCUGAAGCUGCCCCUGCCUCGGGUGGAGCCACAGCCCUUUCCCCCAGGCUGGCCUAGGCCUGCUCGAGCGCAACCGGCACGGCUCCUACAGCCCGCCCUGCAACGCUACUUUCUUCCAGAGGACACGGACCCUGACAGCUAUAGCUAGUAGCUUAGGCUUGGGGGUGCUCCUGCCAACUUGGGGGAGUUACACCCCAUCCCCUAGCCUACCCUACAGCCCAAAAUAAAGUCCAGAGGCUGGGACUGAACUUCAGAUA